AUGGCGCUGCUGGAUAGCACGUUACUGACAGACCCGUCUGGUGCAGGCAAUCCGGUGCCGCCCCAAGUGCCCGGUGUGCAGUGGAACAGCUUCCUGCAUCCUUCCAUCAACCAGUCAGGCUUUGUGCAAGAUCCAGGUUACUUGCAGAGGAAUGCUCAGAUGCUGCAGCACAGCUCUCCCCAGUCCAGCUCAGCCUUAUUUCUCCAUCUGCCUUCUGGAGGACAGAUGCACGCUGCAGUGGGGCCAUAUCAGCAGAACUGCACGGGAAGCCACAGACCCCAGGCCGGGCAGCACAGCCCUCAAGGAGCUUAUCCCGUGAGGCCCAACCGCAGUGCUCUGCCCGGUGCCAACUUCUGCAGCGCAGGACUGGGAGGAAGCAUGAACCUGGCGGCAGCAGGGAGCCAGUUGCGUGGCAGCGUUCCUCCUCAGCGGGGGGCAGGGAUGCGCCCCACAGCAGGUGGCAUGGCUCACAGAGCACAAGGAGCAGCCGCCGUGUGUGCUGCUGCCAGCGCCAUCCAGAACUGGCCACCCGGUUAUCCCAGUAUGAACCAAGGGGGAAUGCAGGGCACUGGACCUCCUUACGGACAGGGAACUAACAACAUGGCUGGUGUGAUCAACCACCAGGGCCCGCCUUAUCCCAUGGGUGGGAACAUGGCUAACGGCUCUGCAGGGGUGGCAGCAAGUCCUGAAGUGAUGGGUCUGGCGGAUGUCAAAUUAACUCCUGCAACUAAAAGAAGAAAGAAGGGAGAAGAGACCCAAAAAGCAGAACUCCAGUCAAAGAGAUCGGUUUGUCCCCAAGUCAACGCUGGGCCGGCCUUGCCGUUAUUAGUUGGAGGGAAUGGACCGGACCAGAUGCUCCUGGUGGGUCGGUCGGUCUCUCCCAGUCUCCAAAUGCAGUCCAUAGCUAAUGAGACUGUUGCUCGAAUCAGACGUGGUCUCAGAAAAGUAGAGACUGUGCCAAAAUCUACGUCGUGCUGCAGCCCUGGGGAAUGCCAUGUGCAGCUGGCUGAGGCAUUUCCUGACGUAUGGAGCAAUCCCAGGCGACUGAUGGACAGCAGCUGCACCCCACCUGCCAAGCAGCUCAAAGCGGGGAUGCACAGCGUCCAGUGCAGCGCCGGGCAGGGGCAGCUGCAGCAGCAGCCCAGAGCUCUGGAGAAUCGCACCACUCCCAGCAAAUCUGCAUCCCCGCAGCCAGGGAGGGGAAAGAAGGCAGAACCGCCGAUCCCCGCCGUGCACGUGGCACUGGCAGCGGAACGGCCUGCCAGGAAGCGACGGGCCGUCUCCUUCCCUCCGGGAUCGGUGGAAGCUGCCAAGCCAGUAUUACAGAAAAGGAGGCGGAUGACAGCAGCAGAUGUUGGAGCUCCUGCAGCCUGGAGGGUGAUGAUGUCUCUGAAGUCUGGGCUGCUCGCUGAAAGCACGUGGGCCUUAGACACCAUAACUGUCCUGCUCCACGACGACAGCAACAUCGCAUCCUUUGACCUCAGGCAGCUUCCAGGCCUGCUGGAAGUCCUGGUGGAAUAUUUCCGGCGCUGCCUGAUCGAGGUCUUUGGAAUCCUGGAGGAAUACGAGGUGGGUAUUUGCCCAGGGCAAAGAUCACUCUGUGGGUUGGAGGGCGCCCGCCUGCUCUGGCAGCUUGGCGGCGGAGAUACCACUGAGCACAUCCAGACCCACUUUGAGAGCAAGAGAGAGCGCUCCACGGCUGAGAGCAAUGGAAAUGCUCGGGAAGGGCAGGCUCCUCCAUCUGACAGCUCCUCAGCAAUUCUGGAGGAUGAGCCUUGCAGCAGAGACGAGGCCCCACUCUGCCUCACCCACGACUGGCAGGGCUCUCUGGCGAAGCGCUGCAUCUGUGUCUCCAACAUCAUCAGGAGCUUGUCGUUUGUGCCGGGCAAUGACACCGAGAUGUGCAAACACGCUGGGCUGCUGCUCAUCCUGGGGAAACUGCUGCUCUUACACCAUGAGCACCCAGAGCGCAAGCAGGCAGCCCUGAGCUCGGAGAGAGAGGAGCUCGAGCAGGACCAGGGGCUGAGCUGCGACCAGGAGGAGUGGUGGCAGGACUGCCUGCAGGAACUGCGUGAGAACACACUGGUGACGCUGGCCAACAUUUCUGCCCAGCUGGACCUGUCCCCUCUCCCAGAAAGCCUCUGCUUGCCCAUCCUGGACGGACUCCUCCACUGGGCAGUGUGUCCAUCAGCAGAGGCCCAGGACCCUUUUCCAGCACUGGGGUCGAAUGCCGUCCUCUCUCCUCGGAGCCUGGCUUUGGAAACACUCAGCAAACUGAGCACCCGGGACACCAACGUGGAUUUGAUCCUUGCAGCUCCCCCCACCAGCCGCUUGGAGAUGCUGUACAGCACCCUGCUGCGUUUCCUCCACAACAAAGAGAGCCCAGUGUGCCAAGAGAUGGCGGUGGUCCUACUGGCCGCCUUGGCACAGGGGGACAGCCUGGCAGCGAGGGCGAUUGCCUCACAGGAGAGGAGUGUUGGCGACUUGCUGGGCUUCCUGGAGGACGGCCUGGCUGCCGCGCGAUGCCAGCAGAGCCAGGCUGGCCCGGUGCCCGAGCAGAAUGCGCCCUGCGAGCUGCCGAGUGUGGACAUGAUGCGCCGAGCGGCUCGGGCGCUGCUUGCCUUGGCUGAGGCGGGCGAGAGCCACUCACAGUUCACGCUGCACGAGUCACGGCUGUUGGACAUCUCCGUGUCACCCGCAGUGGAUUCCUUGGUCUCCCAGGUUAUCUGCGACGUGCUGUUCUUCAUUGCCCGGCCCUGACAGCUGCGGGGUGCAGCUCACCCUGUGAGCAUGCGUGAGCGGAGAACUGAGAAGCCGACAGUUGCCCUUUAUUUAUGCACAGCCACCUCGGGAAUCCGCUGCCUGCCCUGCGCUGUCCUGCUUCUCUCUUGGAGGAUGGUGUCCCCAUUUCCUUUCCCCUUCUCCUUCAAAUUUCUUCAAAUUUGUCCCAGAUCCCUAAU